AUGUUCUUGACGGAGACAAAGAAGUGUAGAGAUAUUUUGGUUGAUUUAAAGCUUUGGUUGGGUUAUGAUGGGGUCUUCACGGUGGAUCAUGUAGGCUUGAGUGGAGGCUUGGCAGUAUUUUGGAAAAGCGGCAUCAAGCUGGAUUUUAAAUAUGCGGAUAAGAACUUGAUUGAUAUGCAAGUUCAAUAUGGUGAAAUUAGUUUCUUUCUGUCAUGUAUAUAUGGGGAGCCAUCCUCGGUGGGCAAAGAGAUUGUAUGGGAAAGAUUAAGUAGGAUUGGAGUCUGUAGAAAAGAAAAAUGGUGCUUGAUUGGGGAUUUUAACGAGAUUCUCAACAAUGGGGAAAAAACAGGAGGUCCUCUGAGAUCAGAAGCAUCAUUUCAGCCGUUUGGAGACAUGUUGUCGGUCUGUGGGAUGGAGGAACUAGAGUCAUCUGGGAUAAGAUUCACUUGGGCUGGUCAGAGAUGGAAGAAGUGGAUUCAAUGUUGUUUAGACAGAGCUUUUGGCAACAAAGCAUGGAGAAGAGACUUCCCUGGAUCCAAUCAAUUGUUUCUGGCCAAACGUGGUUCUGAUCAUAGACCGGUCCUCCUGAAAUUGCAAGCGUAUCAAGAUAGAGCUGGUGGCCAAUUUCGCUUCGAUAAGAAAUUUCUGUUUCAACCAGGAGUUAAACAGAAGAUUAUUGAAGCAUGGAGGGGGUCAGCGGAGAGGUCUGUAAAUCGAAGCGUGGCGAAAAGACUGAGAGAUUGUAGGGGAACUCUGAGCGCUUGGAAAAAGGAGAGGAACUUCAAUGCCAGAAAUAAAAUUCAGUUGCUUGAAGACAGGUUAGAAUGGUUCCAAUCUCGGAAUUAUUCUUGCUGCCAUGCGAUAAGAGUGAUGAAGAAGGAAUUAUGCAGAGCGUACAAAGAAGAGGAACUCUUUUGGCAGCAGAGAAGCAUGGAAAAAUGGCUGAAGUUUGGUGAUAGAAAUUCUAAUUUUUUCCAUGAGUCUGUGAAGGGGAACAGAGUUAGGCGAAGAUUGAUUAAAAUUAAAAACGCUAAUGGGGAGGAACAGUGGUCAGAAGCAGCAAAGGCUCAAGUCGCGGUGGACUACUUCAGUGUACUUUUUAAAUCUUCUAAUCCACCAAGCUAUCAGACUCUGUUCCAGGAAAUGACGCCAAGAGUUACGGAAGAAAUGAAUCAGCAGCUGAGGAGAGAAGUCUCAGAUGAAGAAAUUAGAAGUGCUGUAUUCAGUAUCAAAGCCUCAAGUGCACCUGGCCCUGAUGGCAUGUCGGGACUCUUCUUCCAACAAUACUGGGGAGAAAUUGGCUCUAAAGUAACGUUGGAGGUGAAAAGAUUCUUUGAGAGGGGGUGUAUGCCGAAAGAUUGGAAUUUCACAUAUCUCUGCCUCCUUCCAAAGAUACAUGAACCGGAAUCAAUGGCAGAUCUUAGACCGAUAAGUCUUUGUUCGGUUCUAUAUAAGAUCAUAUCGAAGGUUAUGGUGGGGCGUCUACAGCCUAUGCUUCCGGAUCUUAUCUCGGUUAAUCAAUCCGCUUUCGUGGCAGAGAGAUUAAUUACAGAUAACAUAGCGAUUGCACACGAAGCGGUUCAUGCACUGAGGGUACACCCGACCAUCAUGAAGGAAAAUAUGGUGGUCAAAACGGACAUGUCAAAGGCUUAUGACAAGGUGGAAUGGAGUUAUCUCAGAAGUCUGAUGGAAGCUCUCGGGUUUGAUCAUACUUGGGUAAACUUGAUCAUGGCUUGUAUCACUUCAGUAUCCUUCGCGGUUUUAAUCAAUGAUCAGCCUUUUGGAAUGAUUAAACCGCAGCGUGGACUACGACAAGGAGACCCACUCUCGCCAUUUCUCUUUGUGUUGUGUACGGAGGGUUUAACACACUUGAUGAACAGGGCAGAAAGACUGAGUUUGCUCCAGGGGUUAAGGUUUACUGACUCGGGACCAUCGAUCCAUCAUCUGUUGUUCGCCGAUGACAGUCUGUUUAUCUGCAAGGCGACAGUAUCCCAAGCUCAGACUCUGCAUUCAGUACUUCAGGUUUAUGGAAGAGCAACAGGGCAAACGAUAAACCUGCAGAAAUCAGCGAUCUCCUUUGGUUCGCAGAUUCACCCUGCUCCAAAACUGGCCAUACAAGGAGUGCUUGGUAUCUUAAAUGAGGGAGGUUCAAGCAAGUAUCUGGGGUUACCAGAGUGCUUCAGCGGCUCUAAGGUGGAAUUGCUAAGUUACUUAAAGGAAAGAGUGAAUGGAAGGUUGAAUGCUUGGUACCUAAAAAAACUAUCUCAAGGCGGCAAAGAAAUUUUGCUAAAGACGACAGCCUCAGCCCUACCUGUGUAUCCAAUGUCUGUUUUUAAACUCCCCAAAUCAAUUUGUGCUAACAUCUCUAGUGUCAUGGCCAAAUUUUGGUGGGGAUCAGAUGCGCACAGACAAAAAAUACAUUGGAUAGCUUGGGACAAAUUGUGUCUACCAAAGGAAAGCGGAGGAAUGGGCUUUAGGGAGCUGGAAGUUUUUAACCAGGCUUUGUUGGCUAAACAGGCAUGGAAGAUAUUGACAUCACCUUCUUGCCUACUGGCACAGUUUCUCAAGAGUGGGUACUAUCCAAACUCUGAUUUCCUAGAAGCCAAAAUGGGGGAAAGGCCGUCCUUCGCAUGGAGAAGCUUGCUGUUUGGAAGAGAUCUUCUCAUGAAGGGAUUACAAAAAAGAGUUGGUGAUGGAAAUUCUAUCUGUGUGUGGACUGACAAAUGGUUUGAAGAUGAGGCGGAUGGGUAUGGAAUGCGAGCUCCUUGGAUCAAAAAUUGUACUUUUGAUGUCAAUUUGAGAGCCAGGGACUUGAUCGACUUCCAGAAUAGAAGAUGGAAUGUGGAAGCUUUAGAAGAGGUGUUUGUUCCUUCAGACAUUCAACUCCUGCUUAAGAACCAACCGGUAACAUCAAAGGAAGAUUUCUGGGUGUGGAAAUUCAACAAAUCAGGGGCUUACUCUGUCAAGUCUGGGUACUGGCUGGCAUAUCAAGAGAAGAGUAAAGAGACUCGACAAAGAGCUGAAGCACUGCCUUCGAUCAACCCUCUCAAGACACAGAUUUGGAAAGUCAGUACGGCCCCAAAGAUUAGGUUGUUCGUUUGGAAAGCUCUCUCUCAAGCAUUGCCGGUUGCGGAUCUUUUGAUUGAUCGGGGUAUGAAAUGUGAUGACAGAUGUCAGUUAUGUGGAUGUGAAGGUGAGUCGGUCAACCAUGUGCUAUUCUCUUGUCAUUUGGCAAGGAAAUGUUGGGCUCUAUCCAACAUCCCAUCUCCAAGGGGCGGUUUCAGUCAAGGCUCGUUGUAUCAAAACAUGAAUUAUCUACUCAAAAUGAGUAAGAAUGCAAAGCUGGAGAUUGAAAUCACUAGAUGUUGGCCUUGGAUCUUAUGGUACCUGUGGAAGAGUAGAAAUACCUUUAUCUUUGAAGGUAAAUCUUUUGAGGCAGAAGAGAUCAUCAAAAAAGCCAUAGACGAAACAGAAGCUUGGUUUUUGGCCCAACAGGUACAGAGUGGAAUGGAGAGAGCAGAAACAGAGGUCGCAACAAGAGACUUGAAUUGUCCAAAGCAAUCGAUUCCAGCAGGUUGGGUCUUGUGUGAAUUCGAUAUGGACUGGAGUAAGCAUUCUCAAGAGAUGGGAGUGGCUUGGAUUGUGAGAGAAGAAAGCGGAAAAGUACUGAUGCACAGUAGGAGAGCUUUUUCGAAUAUCAAGUCAGUGGGGGAAGCAAAGUUGCAAGUAUGGAUGUGGGUUUUAGAAAGUAUGAAAAGCCUAAAGAAAUCAAAGGUUAUCUUCCUCUCAACCUUUGGUGACUUCGUUGAGGCAAUCAAAAAACCUGGGUUGUGGCCUGUACUGCAAUUUGAAGCACAGGAAUUGAAACGAGAGUUGCAGGCCUUUGAGGCAUGGGAGCUACGGAUUGGUUUGCCGGCUUCAGUCAGAUGUGCGUCUUUCAUAGCGCAGAGUGUGAGAUCCUUAGGUCUGUAUCAGUCUUAUGUUGCUAUUGGGCAUCCAAGAUGGCUGGAUCACCUUUACUCGAGUGAAAGAAACUCAUCUGUUGUUUAG